AUGAAAUCAUCUCUACUGAUGUUUAGCGGAACAUCUUUUUUUCGGAAGCUUCAUAAUAUCAUCACAAAGACCAUUCCGAAGACUCACUCGGUAAACAAAUGUUCCUAUUCACUAUCCAUUGGUGUUUCAUUAAUCACUCAUCAUCAAAAUAAUUAUCAUACCAGUACGUUAUCAUUCGCUCGAAAAAACACCAAAAAAGAGACCACAUCUUCAAGGCUUUCGGAAUUUCAAAAUAAAUUGAAGGAAAUGAAUUUAUCGGCAAUAACAACUGAACUUCCUCCAGCCGUACCAACAACCUUUGAAGAACGAUUACAACAUCUUUCAUCCAAAAAACAGAAUACGAAAAACAUGGUACCCAAACGCAUCAGAGAUACGAAUAGAUUGCCUUCGACUUAUUGUCUUUAUGUAAAAGCAAAUUGGGAACAAGCCAAAGACGAUUAUUUUUCAAACCCAGAAUAUUUUGAUAACCUCUAUCCCGAUGUUAAAGGACGAUUUAACUUGAUGACAGCUAAAAUUCUUUCUGCUAAAUGGAAAACAAUGGGUCCUGAAGAAAGAAGCAAGUAUCGAGAUGAAUUUGUAAAAUCUCAAGAAGUACGAAAAGCAGAAAUAGAAGCAGCUACACCAGAAUGGAAAUUACUCAAAAAACCAAGACCACCAUUCAUACUUUUUAAAAUGGAGAUUUUUGAAUCUGUGAAGAAACAAUUUCCAAACAUGAAUUUGCGACAAUUGAAUCUGAUUACUGCGGAAUUAUAUAGAAAUCUUCCUGAAGAAAAGAAGGCUCACUAUAGAAAUACCACUCAAAAAGAGAGAGCAGAAUAUUAUAGAAAGAAAGCAGAGGUUUUAGCUCGUACUAAUCCAAGUCAGACAACUCCAUCCUUGGGCAAUAUUUCAUCACCACCACCAUCACCAACAUCAAUGGAAGAUAUUGAAUCAAUAAUGGCUGAUGUACCAUUGGAUUAUUUUGAGGAUGAUGACACAUUUACCAAGCAUUAA